GUACAAAGCGUAAGUAUCUACUAUCUCGUAUGAGUGUCUGUCUACUUGCUUGAAUGGGGAGUAAGACACAAUUUUCACUAUAAAAGACGACUUGGAGACGACGUUAAUCAUCAGUCGGUUCUCCAUUUUCAUUCCAAGUGAAACCAAUUCAAACCUUGUUCAACAUGAAAUUCACCGUUGCCGUUUUGUUGGCUCUUGUUGCCGUUUGCUUUGCCGACGACAAAUACACUACCAAAUACGAUAACCUCGAUGUUGAUGAAAUCCUAAAAUCUGACCGUCUCUUCAAGAACUACUACAACUGCUUGUUGGACAAGGGCAAGUGCAGUCCCGAAGCUCGUGAAUUGAAACGUGUUCUUCCUGAUGCCCUUCAAACUGAAUGCUCCAAGUGCAGCGAAAGACAACGUACCGGAACCGACAAGGUCCUCCGUCACUUGAUUGAAAACAAACCAGCUGAAUGGAAAGAACUUUCCGCUGUUUACGAUCCACAAAACAUCUACAUCACCAAAUACCGCGCUGAGGCUGAGAAGCGAGGAAUCAAGCUUCCAAACUAAAUAGUUAAAGAUUCUUACAAGAAAGAUAAGAUACGAUAGGUUCUGUAUGCUGUGAGGCCCCGAAAUCUGCACAAACUAUGAAACUGAAAAGAUACCAACUACCAACUACUCCACAUAAAACCUGAGAACAUCACCUUUCAUCUUUAGCUAAAUUAAAUAAUUUGGGGCUCUUCGUAUGGAUUUAAGGAACGAGUGAUUUUUUUUAUAUAACUUUAAUGCUAAUGGCGAUUUUAAUUUCUCAUUUUUUAUUGUUAGAUGUGUAAAAGUCUUGUGAACAAAUUCUUUUUUAUAUGAAAACAUGGAAAAAACCAUAA